GUAACGGAACGUCGCCUUAACUAUUACGUUUUGAUUCACGUCUCGAAAUUGUUUUCAAAGAACAAUUAAAUAUUUCGUUACUAGUGACUUUGAAGUGUUACGAUUUAAACAUGAGUUUGUUGUAACGUGUGUAUGAAUUUUUUGGAUUUUGGACAAUAUUUUGAAAAUACAACAAUGUCUCUGCCGAACGGUGUUGAUGUAUCGCAACUAGUGCAGCACCCGGUUUUGGCCGCUUUGCCGCCGUUUUUCCUUAGAGCUUCCGAAAGAUAUCAGAGAACGCCGAAAUGCGCCCGCUGCCGCAACCACGGCGUGGUAUCAGCGCUCAAAGGACACAAGAGGUACUGCCGCUGGCGGGACUGUGUCUGUGCUAAGUGCACACUCAUAGCCGAGAGACAACGCGUUAUGGCUGCACAGGUGGCGUUACGUCGUCAGCAAGCUCAGGAAGAAAACGAAGCCCGGGAACUGAACCUGCUGUACGCCGGCCAGCCGUCUGCAGCUUCGCACUUCCCUGAUAUGCCGGAGGAUCAACCAAUUCACAAACGCGCCCGCAUCACAGAAGUCUGCUCAAGUCCCUCACCACCGGAAGUUCCGUCAGAAUCAAAAACACCCGUGCAGACUCCUCCUCUCUCCACCCCACCACCGCGCUCGCCUUCCGACCACGAAUUGAACGUUGAAGAGGAACUAGACCAUUCUGAACCUUCUCUCACACCAGAAAACCUUUCGAUGAAAGAGCGACAAGACGAAGUGAAAAAAGAGGAAGAGGAAAAAUGGGACAACCCGAAUUUCAAAUAUCGUCGCGGGAAACCAGAAGGACAAAUCCCAGAACCAAUGGAGGACCCGACUCCUUUUCAAAAAUCGCCAGUCGAUGUUCUCAUAAAAGUCUUCCCCCGACGUAGUCGUCAAGAGAUAGAGGCUAUACUCGCUAGGUGCAAAGGAGACGUAGUCGCAGCUAUGGAGAUGAUGAUCAACGGACCUGAACAGUCAUAUAAUUUAACUCCCGAUUCGCCGUAUCUGCAGAACUAUCCAUCGAAGUCUGCGUUUUCUCCAUUAUCCAAUCAAAGUUUCAAAUUCUCCCCAUCAAGAAGAUUUCUCACUCCACCAUACAGUGGGACUGGUUACCUACCGACAGUUAUACGCCCCCCUCCUGAAUAUUUGUCUACUUUCCUACCCCCAUCUGAACUGAUGUACGGUCGGCAGCUGCAAGUUCCAUCACCAGGUACUUCUCCCACGUCUGAUAAUACAAAUAACGAAGGGUUUUCCGAUUAGGGGUACCUGAAAUAUUGGACAGUACUUUAAGGUUUCCCGCUGUCCAAAUAGUUAAAAAUUAAGCGUUCUUCAUGCUUUAUAUAUGUAUAAAAGAACUUGAAACAUAAGUAAUGGGUUUUUUGAAUACUGUAGUAGUAUUAUAGUACCUUAAAUUUUGUUUAAAAUAAAUUUAUGUUAAAACUUUGUAAAUACAAUUUAUGAAAAAAAAACGAGAUAGCUUAAUGAAGGUUCUUGGCAAACAGAAAGAUUAAUUCAAUACUUCGUUUUAAUAAUUCACAGCAAUUUUUUAACUUAACCAUAAAUUUAUAAGUGUGUUAAAAAUAAUAAACUCCAUUU